AAAGUUUGAGUUAAAAAAAAACCAUUUUCAUUUUUUUCCCCUAAAAUUGAACCAUGUUCAUCCCCAGGUGAGGCCAGCCCAUAAUCCUAAUCUUCCCUCUUCGCAGCAAAUGAGCUGAAUUUGUUUAGUGAAAUUCGCAAUCGCUAGCAGAAGCUCUGUCUCAGUGUUCCAUUUCGUUGUUCCAUAACUCCGUCACUUCUUCGCAGGCUUCAGUGCAUUGACUUGUGUUAGAGAAGGAACACAAGGAAGCAACAUCCAUGGAUUCACAGGGCCAGACAACUUCUUUGCAGAGACUUCAAAAUGUAGAAAAGAGAAUUGUGAAGGUUUUGGAGCUUGCAGGAGGAGUCAUGGAUGAGCUUGCAAGCCCUGUUGGUCCUAGGAAAGAUGUAGUCCAAAACCACUGCCUCGAGUUUAUGCAGUUAAUCAAGGACAUUCAGGUGGCGUUGCGUGAUGAAAUCAAAAGUGCUUGUGAAUAUCGUCCAUUUGAGAAAUGUGACUAUGGUUCAAGAAUAGCCAAUGAGAUUUGUUGUAAGAAAGCUGAAUUUAUUAUGUCGCAGUUGGAUGCAAUGAAGCAAACUAUAGAUGAGUAUCAUGCAGCAGUUUGAAAAAUGUAGCCUGGCUUAUCUCCUGGUAAUUUACUUAUUUGGGAUUGCUUGUCAUUAGACAACCCUGUAGAAGCCUGGGUUACCUCCAGGUGGGAUUACUUUGGAUAGGGUAAUAAUUACCUGUGUAGAGAUAGGAAAUUGGUAUAUUUAUUUGGAUGAUUAUGUUUAAGCCU